AUGGCUCGUUCGUCGGCAUCGGGACCAGGGCUAGGGCAGCCAGCUCUGAACCCCCUAGGAGUACAAUUCUUCUCGAGCCUCGAGGGGCUGGAGAUAGCCUCAUCUACCGACCGGCAGCUCAUCCGAGGGCACAACUUGGUCGGUGCGGUCCGACUACAGUUCGUCAGGCCGAGUUUCUUCGACGACGGGGCUGGGGAGCAUGGAGAACUCCUCGAUGAGAUUGAUGGAGUCGAUGUGCCGCUAUCCAUGCACGUGUAUCCCUUCCCCCAAAUGGAUGAGUGGGAGAGCCAGUGGUUCUUCUUCGACGCCCAGCUCCAUCCGUAUCAGCUGCAUUUCCGCCGCAGAGUCGAAGAUGGAGACGAGUCAGCUGUCGGGAUGUGGGAAGACUCGUACGCAAAGUUAGCCCAGGUCCGUGGACAUAUGUGUGUUCAACCGAUCGCGAUGAGGCCUCUGAGGCUUGCGAAUGGCAGUUUCCCAACCAUGGCACCGCGUGCUAGCCUCCACGGACCCAUCGACACGACAACAUUCCGUUUCAAGGCCGGAUCGCUGAGCAUUAACCAGCUAAAGUGCUGUGGCUUCGUCCGGUGUAGCACAUAUCUCGUACCGCCCCUUGGCAGAGACCCGACAUUUAAAGGCGGCCAGAUGUUCCACAUCCUAGUGUACUUGCCACACGAUCAGCAGCCUUGGAAAAGCCGUAUUGAUUGGAUGAAGAGCGCACCCGAAGGCGGCUUCGCAGCCAGAAAAUGGAUGUAUGGGAGAGGCAGCAUCGUCGGUGUGCUGAACCCUGCGCUGCUAGAGGAGGAGCUCCAGCCUGGUCAAGAUAUCCUAGUAGUGCUCGCGGAUGAGUUCGGCUUCAUAUCGAACGCUACGUUCGACAGUGCUGUAACGAUGAGGAAACAGUCUUCCACAGAACGCAAAGGCCGAACCGGGGAAACGACGAAACCCUUUCAGCAGCAGCCCGGUUGCUUCGCCAUCUAA